AUAUGAAAUCUAUAUCUAUAGCAGGUUAAAGAAAACCAGAUCCGUCUGUUUCUCUCUCUAGAUUUUUAUAUAUUAUAAAUCAAAUCAAAAUCAAUAAAAAAAAAAAAAAGUAAUCGGGAAAAAGAAGAAGAUGGCGCAAGCUGUAGAAGAUUGGUAUAAACAGAUGCCAAUAAUCACUCGUUCAUAUCUCACUGCUGCAAUUGUUACCACUAUUGGUUGCUCCCUUGAGAUCAUCUCGCCCUAUAACUUAUACUUGAAUCCCAGGCUUGUCGUUAAGCAAUACCAAAUCUGGCGACUGAUCACUAAUUUUCUUUACUUCAGGAAAAUGGACUUGGACUUUCUGUUUCAUAUGUUCUUUCUCGCUCGAUACUGCAAGCUUCUUGAAGAGAAUUCAUUCAGGGGAAGGACUGCAGAUUUCUUUUAUAUGCUUCUAUUUGGUGCAAGUGUUUUGACUGGUAUUGUACUUGUUGGAGGGAUGAUCCCGUAUGUGUCAGAAUCUUUUGCUAAGAUCAUAUUUCUUAGCAACUCACUGACAUUUAUGAUGGUCUAUGUUUGGAGCAAGCAAAAUCCAUUUAUUCAUAUGAGUUUCUUAGGCCUCUUUACUUUUACUGCGGCUUACUUACCUUGGGUUUUACUGGGCUUUUCUGUUCUUGUUGGUGCUAGUGCUUGGGUGGAUCUACUUGGAAUGAUCGCUGGUCACGCCUACUAUUUCCUUGAAGAUGUGUAUCCAAAGAUGACUGGAAGACGACCACUAAGAACGCCAUCAUUCAUCAAAACGCUGUUUGCUGAUGGUGAUGAACCUGUUGUAGUCGCGCGUCCUGCAGAAGUGAGAUUUGCCGCUCCACCUAUUGAUGAAAUAAGGCAAUGAUCCAAAUAAUGGAAGGUUAAGGGUAUUGUGAGCCUCCUAAAGCGCAUCAUGUAGAAAUCUUUCUUAGAGGUUGCAUGGCAGCUUUAUACCUCAACUGCACAUAACUUAACGAUGUUUUGUUAGUUACUUGUGUAAAGAACUAUUGAGAACUAGUAUAUUUAUUGUUUAUGAA